AUGGCUACAGAGAACAGUAACUGUGCUUCGGCAAGUGCAGACCCUGAUUCCCUUAUCGGUAUUGGGUUCCCUUCUAGUAGACUCCGCUUCUUACCUGAAGAGGUUUUGGGCAUCAAGACACGUGUCUUUAACCAUGAAGCUCGCCAGCCUGCCACAAACCCUGACUUGACAGUUUGGGCACUGAUGAAUGCGUUGAAGAACUGUUCCUCUCGAGUUUUCCCGCUCCUCAGUCUCAAUAAGCCGGUCCGCGAGCUUCAAAUCCGCGCCCGGUAUGAUAUGCGGAAUGCCCAGCCGACCCCAUAUGUAUUGAACUUCACUCGAAGUCAGAACUCUGAUGCGAUGAUCCGUCAUCUCUUUGGGGAAGAACUUGAAGCUGAAGAGAGUUGUGAUCGGUGCGCCCAAGACAAGGGGGCUCUUAUCGGUUGUAUCACAACAGAAAGCUCGAAGAUCUGUAGCAAUUGCGAUUGGAAUCGCUCGGGUCUAGGAUGUUCUCUCUCUUCGCGCUCUGAAUCACGUAAGUUCCCUUCUAUUCCUUAUGGUCUCUUGUUAAUAAUGGGUAGCCAAAUUAUCCACCAAGCGCAAAGCUGGUAA